GGCAACCCACAAUCUUAAAGCUUUGAAGAGAAGUGGGUAGCCCACUAUCUGACCAGCAUCGGAGCGCAGGGCAAUUCCAAAUCUCCAAUUCUUGAACAGAGUUGAGAUGGCCAAACCACUUGGCGCCAUCGAUGGUCUCACAAUUCAGACGGCCGAUCUGGAGAGAUCUGAGAGUGCUGGGAAACAGCCCCUCCUCCUCCUCCUCCGCAAACCAAUCUACUUUUUCAUCGCAGUCAAAUUCAAGUUCCAAUCUUUCAAGAGAGGUAUGGAUAAAGACAAGGAGAUAAUAGAUCCAUCUAACACAGGAUGGAUUACUAUUGCUAAAAAGGAACCAUCUCAAAGUUCUUCCAGGCCAACCCAGCCUCAGCAAAGGCCAAAACAGCCUUAUUUUCAUAACAAAGCUAAACCAGCUUAUAUCUGUUAUGUUGUCUUUGAAGGAUUCCAAACAGGCGUCUUUCACAGUUGGGCAGAAUGAUGUGCUGCGAUAACUAAAUAUCGUGGAGCAUUUUGGAAAGGUUAUACUAAUGUUGAUAUUGCUGCAUUAGAAUAUCAAAAAUAUAUUGCAGCAAAAUUAAAAUGUCAAGUGCAAAAAACACAAGACAUUGUGGCUCAAUCAUCUCAAUCAGAGGUGAAAGAUUUCUACAAUCCAGGCCUUCCUGGAGAAAUUUAUAAUUCAGUAAAUGGAGUAUGGAAAGCCCAUAUUUCAGGAAUCAAAAAACAUUUUAGAGUGUAGCUGUAACGUCCCGAACCUAA